CAUAUGCAUAUAUAUCAAUUCAUCUGAUAAAGCCAAAAGAAAAUUAAGACAAUUUUUUUUUAUAAGUUACAAUCUCUUGCAACGCGCAAAGAACAGUUUUUACGGCCAAUAAAAUUCUAUAAAUAGUAACUAUGCGGGCGAUUAGGGGUCUCUAUAGUUGUUAGACAGAUAUAUCGGACAAAUUAUUCAAGUACAUUAACCAUCAAGUUCAUAAUGAUAGGUCGAAAUUUGCCAGUAUUUUUCACUUGGAGAAAAGGCUUGUCUCGAUCGAUUAAAAAUUUACAUUCUUCCUGUUGUCAAUGUUUGGUUAAUAAUCUCUUAUUAUCGGCUCCGGUAAAACUCUCUUAUGCUUCGUACGAAUCGGUAAAGGAAAAUGAUCAAAAUGCAGAACAACCUAUUAUAAUAAUGCACGGUCUCUUUGGCUCGAAAAGCAACUGGAAUACGCUAUCAAAAUCAAUUCAUCGAAAAACCAAGCGCAAAGUCAUAGUAGUAGAUGCCAGAAAUCAUGGUGAUUCUCCACAUUCGUCAAACAUGUCAUACAAGGAUAUGGCGGAAGAUGUAAUCCAUCUUUUGAAUGAUCUAGGCUUUGAAAAGGCUAUUCUAGUUGGCCAUAGUAUGGGUGGCUCAGCCAUGAUGUAUACAGCUUUAAAUUUUCCACAACAUGUUGAAAAAUUAGCAGUUGUCGAUAUGUCUCCCGUAAAAACCAGUCCUAGUCUUAUGGAGAUAAAGAAAAUCUUUAAAGCAAUGGAUUUAGUAACGGCAGAUGGAAGUCCUACCUUAUCAAAAGCACGUAAAAUAGUGGACCAACAACUUGAAAAGUCUAUUAAAUCUAGCGCAUUACGUCAGUUUUUAAUAGCAAAUUUGGUAGAAGAGGACUCGGGAAAGUACAAGUGGCGAGUGAAUUUACCAGUAUUGGAGCAAGUAUUCUCAACUCAGAUAGCUGUAUUUCCCAAGAUAGAGUCAAAGAUCUAUGAAAAUCCGACGUUAUUCAUAGGUGGUGGAAACAGUGAUUAUAUUCGAGUAGAAGAUCAUGACGCGAUCAGGAAGCUAUUCCCUUUAGCAGAAUUUCAUUAUAUAGAUGGAGCAAAUCAUUGGGUUCACGCAGACAAACCUAUCGAAUUCGUCGAUCUUUUAACGAAUUUUAUAAACCGUACAGUUUCGUGAUGCUUGUAAAUAUAUUUAAAAAAAUAAUCGUAAAUUGUUUGUAAAUAUAUACAUGUAUUUCAAAUGAAUUCCACGUUGCAGAACAAUGUGAAAAAUAUUCAAA